UCUCUGUCUCUCUCUCUCUCACACACACACACACCGUCUUUUAAACAAAUGAUUUGUCUAUCUUUUCUGUGUUUGUGUAUAAUUGCAGUGGCACGUGAAAUAGCCACAUUGAUGAAUAGCCUCCUAGAUAGAUUGUCAGAUAAUAGAUCAUGUCUCUAGUUGACAUAUAGCCUCAGUCUUCAAAUUUCGAAAUGAUUUGGAUCCAUUCACACCGACAGGAAAUGCGAGGAGGAACCUGCUGACCAGUGGUGACCAACUGCGACGAGCCCUGGAUUGGAUGACAGCAGCCUACGAUGAUGAGAGCGAGAGAGAGACCUCAGUCAAUAAAAUGCGAUGGCCAGAUGAAGAGGAAAUGAGCCAGUGUGAUCCAGCGAUUUCACACGGCGUUUUUUUUAAAUCCAAUCAAUACGAUGAUGAAAAGGAUAAGGAGAAGAAUAGCGUCUUUGUUACGACACCAACAUAAGAAUAGCCUGAUGGUUGCAAAUGGUUACGUUCGCACAGCCUGGGCUAUGUAGGCUAGAGAAGAUCAUAUCAUUAAUCGACAUUAUUGCCAGCCAUGAAAUGACAUAACGUCUAGGCCUGUAUGUUGUAAUACAUGAGGUGAGAGACAACCAGGAGCUGCCGAUGAUCGGAGAGAACAGCGACCACAGCGCAGCGCCAGGCAUCUGGGACAGUGAUAACUCAGAGAGAGCGCUGUUUACUGUCAUCUGAGAUCUGGCUCCGGACCAGCGGUGAGGCAUGGGCUGCGCUCCCAGCAUCCACGUCUCCCAGAGCGGCGUGAUCUACUGCCGAGACUCGGACGAGUCCAACUCUCCGCACCAGACCACCACUAUAUCCCAGGGCACCGCGGCCACCCUCCAUGGGCUGUUCAUCAAGACGGACGCGGCCGACACCAUCCCCUCGGUAAUCACUUACCAGACCAGGCAGUCCCGGAACAAAUCUCACGGAGAAAGGAGAGAGAACAGCGGGGGACUCAUCGGCAUCGAGGCCGAGACACAGACCAGUCACACCAGUGUCAAGGUAUCAGCCACAGAAGAGUGUAUAGGACCUAUGAGACUGACCCAAGAACCAAUUCAGGUCCUGCUGGUGUUUGCGAAGGAGGAUGGUCAGAGCGAUGCCUUCUGGUGGGCGUGUGACCGGGCGGGUUUCAGGUGUAACAUUGCCCGAACGCCCGAGUCCGCCGUCGAAUGUUUCCUGGACAAGAGCCACGAGAUCGUUGUCAUUGAUGGACGCCACUCACAAUACUUUGAGGCAGAGGCUGUCUGCCGGUUGAUCCGUGCCACAAAGCCCUCAGAACACACGGUCGUUCUGGCCAUUGUGCCACAGACGCCUUUAGAUCAGGAGGAGCCGUCUGUUCGUCCGCUCCUCUGCGCCGGAUUCAGCAGAAGGUAUGUGGAGAACAUUAGUGUCUCUGCCUGCUAUAACGAAUUGCUCCAGAUAGAACAUGGAGAGGUGCGCUGCCAGUUCAAACUCAGGGCAUGUAACUCAGUCUUCACUGCUCUGGACCACUGUCAGGAGGCUGUGGAGAUCACCAGUGAAGACCAUGUGAUACAGUACGUGAACCCAGCGUUUGAGCACAUGAUGGGAUACCAUAAAGGAGAGUUAAUAGGGAAAGAGCUGACAGAACUCCCCAAGAGUGACAAGAACCGAGCAGAUCUUCUAGACACCAUCAACACCUGCAUCAAGAAAGGAAAGGAGUGGCAGGGGAUCUACUACGCCAGGAGGAAGUCAGGUGACAGCAUACAGCAGCACGUCAAGAUUACGCCUGUGAUUGGCCAGGGAGGUAAAAUCCGCCAUUUUGUCUCCAUCAAGAGGCCCCACAGUGACAACAACAAACAGGUCCAUAAGAUCAACAGAGAUGGAGACCAUUCCCAGUCAGAAAGCCACUCCCUGCGUCACAGAGACAGGAGGAAAGAGUCUGUUGAUGCCAGGUCAAUCAGCUCACGUGGCAGUGAUGCUCCCAGUCUGCAGAAUCGGAGGUACUCCUCUGUAGCCAGGAUCCACUCUAUGACCAUAGAGGCCCCCAUCACCAAGGUGAUCAACAUCAUCAACGCGGCCCAGGAGUCCAGUCCGGUUUCAGUAGCAGAUGCGCUGGACCGGGUCCUGGAGAUCCUGAGGACCACAGAGCUCUACUCUCCUCAGCUGGCCUCCAAGGAAGACGACCCACACACCAACGACCUCGUCGGGGGGCUCAUGAGCGAUGGCUUACGGAGACUGUCUGGGAACGAGUAUGUCUUCUCCAAAAGUACCUUUCCAAAUAUGAGUCAGCUGGCCAUCCCAGUAACGCUGAAUGACAUCCCUCCGGUCAUCGCUGAGAUGCUGGACGACGAGGACCAAUGGGACUUUAAUAUCCUAGAGCUGGAGGCUGCCACCUGUAAGAGACCUCUGACCUACCUGGGCUUGAAGAUCUUUUCUCGCUUCAGUGUGUGUGAGUUCCUGAGCUGCAGCGAGGCUACGCUACGCUGUUGGCUCCAGGUCAUAGAGGCUAACUACCACGCCUCCAACUCCUACCACAACUCCACCCACGCCGCCGACGUCCUCCACGCUACUGCCUACUUCCUACGCAAGGAGAAGGUCAAGGGCAGUCUGGACCAGCUGGACGAGGUGGCUGCGUUGAUCGCGGCGACGGUCCAUGAUGUGGACCACCCAGGGAGGACCAACAGCUUCCUGUGUAAUGCAGGAAGUGAGCUGGCCAUCCUGUAUAACGACACUGCAGUGUUGGAGAGUCACCAUGCCGCCCUCGCCUUCCAACUCACCGUCAGGGAUAUCAAGAGCAACAUCUUCAAAAACAUCGACAGGACUCAGUUUAGGACGUUGAGGCAGGCAAUCAUAGACAUGGUGCUGGCUACAGAGAUGACCCGUCAUUUUGAACACGUCAACAAGUUUGCCAACAGCAUCAACAAACCAAUGGCUGCCAUCGAGGAGCCCAGUUCAAAUAGUGAAGGCAGUGACAGCGAGGGUCCAGCCAGCAUCAGGAACAGUCCAGAGAACCGGCUGCUGAUUAAGAGGAUGAUGAUAAAGUGUGCUGAUGUGGCCAACCCCUGUAGACCUCUGGAGCUCUGCAUAGAAUGGGCCGGACGCAUCUCUGAGGAGUACUUUUCCCAGACUGACGAGGAGAAGAGAGAGGCUCUACCGGUGGUCAUGCCUGUAUUUGACAGGAAUACCUGCAGUAUCCCCAAGUCUCAGAUCUCCUUCAUAGACUACUUCAUCACAGACAUGUUUGACGCCUGGGAUGCCUUCGCCAGUCUACCUGACCUCAUGGAGCACCUGUCAGAGAACUACAAGUACUGGAAGGGUCUGGACGACAUGAAGUGCAAGAGCCUGCGUCCGCCUUCUCCUCCAUGACCCCUCCCUCCCUCCCUCUCUCCCUCCAUCCCUCCCUCUCCCUCCCUCUCUCCCUCCAUCCAUCCCUCCCUCUCUCAGGGCAGGGGGAGACAGCGAAUGUAGCCCAGCACUGGUAUUAAGCCCCUCCCACUGUGAUUCUACCCAGUUCCACACACAUUGGACUGUACUACAGUCUGCAGACCUUAGAGCCUGCAAACCUCAGAGUCUGCAGCUUGGAGCCCUGACAAGAAACCAGGGGACUGUCAUACUGGCUGACAUAAUGACACCCUAUCUCCUAUGUAGUGGACUACUUCUGACCAGAGCCCCAACCCAAACACAUUUCCCAUCUUUGGUUAUCUGAUGUUGCCUCAAACUACGAAAACAGAUUUCAUACAGAGAAUCAUAAUGAUGCCCCUUGACAAUUUUAGCAUGGUGGGCUCUGGUCAAACAUAGUGCACUACAUGGGGAAUAGGGUAACAUUUUAGAUUUGCCCUCUGAGGCUGAAGUCAGCCUCUUCAGACCCCUCUCUGGUCCCUGUUGGGCCCCUAAUGGGACUCUACAGUCCUUCUUACCAUCAGUCCCAGCCUGAGGGGUGAGGACCAACCAAUCGGUCCCAGCCUGAGGGGUGAGGACCAACCAAUCGGUCCCAGCCUGAGGGGUGAGGACCAACCAAUCAGUCCCAGCCUGAGGGGUGAGGACCAACCAAUCAGUCCCAGCCUGAGGGGUGAGGACCAACCAAUCAGUCCCAGCCUGAGGGGUGAGGACCAACCAAUCAGUCCCAGCCUGAGGGGUGAGGACCAACCAAUCAGUCCCAGCCUGAGGGGUGAGGACCAACCAAUCAGUUCCAGCCUGAGGGGUGAGGACCAACCAAUCAGUCCCAGCCUGAGGGGUGAGGACCAACCAAUCAGUCCCAGCCUGAGGGGUGAGGACCAACCAAUCAGUCCCAGCCUGAGGGGUGAGGACCAACCAAUCAGUCCCAGCCUGAGGGGUGAGGACCAACAUGCUACAAACCAACCAACUGCACUUUAGCAGCUCAAAGUCACUUUCUCAAAAUCUUUUAUUUUUCCUGUCUGUUUUUCUGCUCUCUUCUCUCAGAUAAGAGUCUGCUAUUUCUUCUCAUACUGUACCUUUCUGUCUCUACUGUAGUACGUAGUAAUGCUGAGAUGGGUACCAAAGCUUCAUUAUACUGUAACUUCUACAGCUAAAAGAGGAGAGAUCACGGAAUGAUUACAGAACUAAAGCAUGUAGAGAGAAAUCCGUCCACUCCAGCACAUGCAGACGCACACUGUACUCACUAUUCCAACUGAAAAUUGUAACUCCGCUCACCUUGUUCUCUCGCCAGCUGAAAGUAUUAAGUAAUAUUGAGCCCUGAUAAGCCCUGUCAGGCAGAAUCAUACAGAGAAGUGUGUGUGUGUGUGUGUGUGUGUGUGUGUGUGUGUGUGUGUGUGUGUGUGUGUGUGUGUGUGUGUGUGUGUGUGUGUGUGUGUGUGUGUGUGUGUGUGUGUGUGUGUGUGUGUGUGUGUGUGUGUGUGUGUGUGUGUGUGUGUGUGUGUGUGUGUGUGUGUUUGGCAGCAGCCCCAGUGCAGUUAGAGGUCUGUGUUCGCUCCAUACCUAGGAGGUUUACAGAGCAGAGCCCAGCUGAACUGACUGCUGUAAUAUCUCUCUCUACGAGGGAGAACCAGAGCUCUGCACAGAGAGCCAUGCCUCACAUGCAGUUAGCUCACCAUCAGGCUCCCCUCUGAGGCUAGAACCAGCACUCACUCAGCCCACUCUGGAACUCUGCUCCACAUGGCUCUUAAAAGAUAACUAUCCUGUCAACACUGGGGCUUAGUGGGAACAGUAUUAGAACAGAAUUACAACACUAUUAGCGACAAGUGGGAGAAAAAUAACACUAUAUUAAGUACUGUUGAUCUUCACUUAUAAACCAAAUAAGAGGUGAAUUAUCUGACCUACAGUAGGCUAAAUGUAAGAUUUAUGACAGCUUGCAUUGAAGCUAAUCAUAAUUCAUUACUUAAAAAAGGUCAUAAAGUUCCAGUGCAACCAUUUAAAUAUCAAAGGCAUAUAUCUUUUUUAUUUUACCUUUAUUUAACUAGGCACAUUGAUGUGGACACAUGCUGUAGAUAAUUGUAAUCUCCAAAUAUGAAGGAAACUAAUUAUAGUAUCGCAACAUGAGAGCAGUGGCUAGGGCAUGUUAAUAUUCCAAGCACAACCAACCCAUUGAUUUCUAACAUUCCAGUUAUUCUCUGGUGUGCAGUGCAGUUGUACAGUCGUGGCCAAAAGUUUUGAGAAUGACACAAAUAUUAAUUUUCCCAAAGUCUGCUGCCUCAGUUUGUAUGAUGGCAAUUUGCAUAUACUCCAGAAUGUUAUGAAGAGUGAUCAGAUGAAUUUCAAUUCAUUGCCAAGUUCCUCUUUGCCAUGCAAAUGAACUGAAUCCCCCAAAAAACAUUUCCACUGCAUUUCAGCCCUGCCACAAAAGGACCAGUUGACAUGUCAGUGAUUCUCUCGUUAACACAGGUGUGAGUGUUGACGAG